AUGGCCGACCAGAUACAAGAGUUCUUCGACGUCCAGCGCGACUUCAUCAAGGACGGAGCGCAGUUCAUGACCCGCUGCACGAAACCCGACCAGCGCGAGUACCUCAAGAUCUGCCAGGCCGUUGGUGUGGGCUUCAUCGUGAUGGGCGCCGUUGGUUACAUCGUCAAGCUAGUUCAUAUACCGGUCAACAAUGUGCUGGUAGGUGGCGCGUAG